AUGCAAUCGGCGAAACAGAAGAUAAGCGAUAUGGCUAGUACAGCCAAAGAGAAGAUGGUGAUAUGUCAAGCAAAAGCCGAUGAAAAGGCAGAGCAAGCCAUCGCGCGAACGCGAGAGGAGAAGGAAAUAGCCCACCAACGUCGCAAAGUGAAAGAGGCGGAGGCUAAGAUGGACAUGCACAUGGCUAAGGCCGCUCAUGCGGAAGAGAAGCUUCUGGCUAAGCAAUCUCAUUACCACGUUACUGAUCAUGGUCAUGUGCCUCAUCACGUGCCUAUGGCGGCUCCGGCUCCAGCACCGGUCAUGGGACAUGGUUACGGACAGAAUCCUCCCGUAGUUACCUCCGUGCCACCGCAGACUUAUCCUCCUACGAGGAAUCAACAUUACGGGAACGACAUGCUUUAG